AUGGAUGAAAUUUUAGAACGAUAUAAUAAGGGAAAGUUUCAAAAAUGUUUAGAAUUAAUAAAACUAAUACCUCCUGAUGAAAAUUUACUAAAUAAUUUCAUUAUUCAAAAUUGUUCUCUAGUAUGCGAAUCUAUGGUUAGCGUAUUAGAAAAUGAUUCAUCUAAACAAUUAGAAAUGGAAAAAAAAUUGAAUAAUUUUUGUGAGAAUGUAACGUCAGUUGGAAACCUUUCAGAAAUGAUUCCAAUCGAAUUAAAACUAAUUUCUGUUUUUAAUUUUUGUUGGUGGAUAUUAUUUCAAUCGAAUUUUGACACUGAGGAAGUCGAUGACGAAGAGCAAUUAAAUAUGAUUAAUCAAAAAUUGUGUCAAAUUAUAGGUAUCAAUCAUCAAAAUGCUGGUCAUUUAAAAAUAACAGAAAAAAUUUUUGAAAAUAAAAUAAAAUUAUUAAGUCUGGCUGAAAAAGAUAACCCGAAAACUAUUUUGUUAUUCGGUUUGCAUAAAAUAACUUCUACUAAUUUCGAUAUGGAAAAUUCUAUCGUAGAAUAUUUACAAAUUUUAAAUUCAACAAUUUAUUUUUUAUUAGGAGACUACAAAGAAUGUUUAAAUUCAAUUAUUAAAAAUCAAUUCACAAAUUUGACAAUUCUUAAUGAUUACCUGGGUGCUUUAAGUUCAUAUAAAUUAAAUAAAAAAAAUAUUUGUUCAAAUUAUUUAUCUAAAAUUAAUAUGAAUUUUCUACCAGACAAUUUAAAAUUAAAAUUUUUAAUUUUAAAAGGACAAUUGAACUGUGAUAUGAAUAAUCAUAAAGAAGCUUUAAAAUUUUUUAAUGAAGCUUUAAAAAUUCAUCCUAAAAAUCCAUUGAUUCAUUUUCAUAUCGGCAGUCAAUGGGGUCAAAUGGGUAUUUAUGACCUAAUGAUAAUGUUAAACGAUGAAAAGGAAAAAAAUAAAAAUGCAAAUUUCCAAGAUUUCAUUCUUAAUUGGCUGCAUGUAAAUGAUGAAGUUUCAGAAGUUGAAUCUGUGUAUGCAUUAGCUGUUUCAUACGAAUCGGCUGAAGCAUUUGAAAAAGUUCUCGAAUACUCAUUUGUACUACCAGAAUACAUUUUAAAAAAAAGAUUGAUAGAAAUCCCGGGGAAAAUAACAAUUUUACACGAAGCAUCCAUUACAAACCUGCUAGCCGGUGAUUUAUCAAAAGCAGAAGAAUUCGCUAACAAAGCAAUCGAUUUAUAUUAUCCGGAAGAAUUUCCUUCGAUCCUCAAACAAAAUCAAUCACUUUUAGACAAAGAUGUCGAUUGGUUGAAAAGGAUUAUCGAAAUUGAACUUUUAGAAUGUGACGUUAUCGUUGAAGAACGAUCUAACGAAUACAAAUAUUCGGAAGACAUGUUGUUUUUUUUACCCGAAAAUGUCAUUGCGCUCAUAAUUAUGUCUGAAAUUCAAAAAAUUCAAAAUUCAGAUGAAUAUGUUGAAACGUUAAAAAAAAUAUUUCAUUGUUUUUCCGCCAUUUUAUCGAAAUUGACAACAAAAACUAAAAAUAUGAUCGAAUCGGAAAAAAUAAUAUCGAUAUUAAUUAAAGCUCUCACGAGUAAAAUUUGUUUAAGCAUCGCAGAGGUGUUAAUUUUAAAAAACAAUAAUUUAAAUGUUGAUAAAAUGUUUAAACGUGGAAUUAGUUGUAACAAGGGUGAUAAAGACGUUCUUUACACGUAUUGUAAAUAUUUAAUCAAAGUUGGAAAUAAAAAAGAAGCUGCGAAAUUGUGGCAAACGUUUCGAAAUGAAAAAUCAAUUAUAUCAUCAUUAGAAUCUCUACAAAGUUUAUCUCUCAGAUAUAUUUUGACCAGUAAAAUUUCAACUUUAGAAUUAGAAGAACUUGAAAGAGAAUUACAAAUCAACUAG